AUGUCGUCCACAGCUGAUUCAACGGUCCCUCUGUGGAUCGAUAACCACGCUGUGUCUACAUCAUCCACAAUUCCAGUAAAUCAGGCCUCGUCGGACAACAUCUUCCACAAUGCUUCCUCAGCCUCCAUCACAGACGCCAUACAGGCCGUGGAAUCAUCUUGGACGGCUUUCAAGUCCUGGCGCCAAACGACUCAUGUCACCCGCCGCGACCUCAUUUUGCGUGUAGCUGCAUACUAUGAAUCGCACAUCGACGAGUUUGUGGCUCGACAGAUCGAAGAAACGUCAUGCACAGAGGCAUGGGCAAAGCAAAAUGUCAUAUCGUAUCUCAAAGAGAUUGCCGCACAAAUCAGCAGUGUUACUGGCGUCAUCCCACCUACGGAGAAACCAAACACACUGGGCUUCGUAUUCAAAGAGCCCAUCGGACCCAUCCUAUGUAUUGCGCCCUGGAAUGCUGCCCUCAUCCUCGCCACGCGCGGCAUCGCAAGCGCUGUAGCAGUCGGCUGCACCGUGGUCUUCAAAGCCUCCGAACUAUGUCUCAAAACACAUUUCGCCAUCACACAAGCUUUCGUCGCCGCAGGCAUACCACCUGGUGUCCUAAACCAAAUCCAAUGCAGCCGCGACUCCGCACCACAAGUCACUGAAUCACUAAUAGCACAUGAUUCAAUCCGCAAAGUCGAAUUCAUCGGCUCAGCAGCAGUAGGACGCCAGAUCAUGAAAACAGCAGCACAGUAUCUCAAACCAGUGCUACUUGAGCUGGGAGGCAAAUGUCCCGCACUCGUGCUCGAAGACGCCAAUCUAGAAGAAGCAGCAAAACAAUGCGCACUAGGCGCCGUCCUACACCACGGACAGAUCUGCUUUAGCACCGAGCGCAUCGUCGUCCUCGAAGGCGCAGCAGAAAAGUUCCAGGAGCUCCUCGUGCAGGCAAUGAAGGGCAUGCAAGGACCAGCUGGCUCAGCAGUAUCCUCUUCCAUCGCCGCACACGCCGAAGACGUGAUACGAGAUGCACAAGAAAAAGGGGAGAAAAUACUAGUUGGUGGUGUAUCUGCUACAUCGUCGUCCAACCUCUCCCUCCAACCAACCAUCAUACUCAACCCAAAGGACUCGCGCAUCGUUGACGAGGAAACUUUUGGCCCCUCGGCUUCGCUGUAUGUAGUCAAGAAUGAUGAAGAUGCUGUUGCGCUGGCGAACCGCUCGGCUUACGGUCUCAAUGCUACCGUUUGGACGAGGGAUAUGUCGCGUUUCAUGAAGUUAGUACGGCAGCUUGAGUAUGGACAGGUGCAUGCGAAUAGUAUCUCUGUGUAUACCUCGCCGACGGGGAGUCAGGGCGGUGUUAAGAACAGUGGGUUUGGGAGACAGAAUGGCAAGUGGGGGCUUGAGGAAUUCGUUGUGGAGAAGUUUGUUAGUUGGUGUGAGUGA